AUGCAUGUAUCUUGGGUCGGUUACGUAGAGCAAAACGUUAGGGAAGUAUCCGCUAGAUUUGAGUUUUGUCGUAGACUAGUUCACGCGGAACUGAAGUUCACUAAUCAAAUGCUCAAUGAACGACAUCCAGAGGAAAAUGGAACAUGUUGGAACGCAUCCACGAUCAAAGCACAUCAUCACAUAAUACAACAAAUGAUUUUGGCCAGCGAGAGCAAUGGCGCAAGUUCUCACAAGGAAAAUGGCAUUAUCCUGAAAGACCACGAACAGAAAGUAGAGAAGCCAAGAGAAAUUAUGGCCUUCUUGCAUUUCAAAACUUACUCGUUGUUGGAUUCACAGCUUUGUAGAAAGAAAUAA